CGACAACGAGCACUCUUACGCCAAGCAAAGAAACAAACGCUCGAGAGAACAGCUCACCACCCGUCGUCGAUCGACGACGCCGGCUUCUCCUCGACCUUCUCCUCGACGGCGGCCUCGCCCUUCGCGGCGGCCAGGGCCGCCUCCAUGCGGCUCACGGUGUCGUCGAGCGUCGUGUCGGGCAGGACCUCGUCCUCCAUGAACAUGGCCGACCUGCGCGGGCGCCGCCGUCGUCGCGAAACUGCCGAGACUCUCGUUGACGGCGUGGUGGCGCCGUGCAGUCGCGGCGACGCCGUCGCCGCGCCCGCGCGACACGCUCAAGAUACAACGAAGACGCCGCGCAAGUACAUCUUGGCCCGCGUCGCCUCGGAGACGGCGUCGCUGCCGCGCUGCUCGCCCUGCUCGACCUGCUGCUCGCUGAACCACGCCAUACCCAAUCCCACGGCGAGGCCGCCGACGGCAGCCGCGCCGCCCUGGAUUACGGCAGCAUCAAGCAUCUGGAGCUGGCUCGACGAGGCUUGCCUCCGCGGCGCCGUCGCAAGCGGGUUCCUCGACGUCGAGAAGGCACCAGCGGUACCCACCACCAAGGAUAAAACACGCAUCUUGCCAAUAUUAGGCGUUCUAGACACGGCAGAGCCCAGCCACGCUGUCUUGAUGCUGUGCUAG